AUUCACAAAACAAAGUAAAAAUGAACGAAGUCGACGCCAUAACCACCAGUACUCCUCAAUACCCUCGUAUUUUUCAGAACCUCAUAUAAAUCAGUGAGAGAGAGAGAGAGAAAGAGAGAAGAGAAGAGAGAGAGAGGAGGGGGAGAUUUCUUUCCUUCACUUCUCAAUCUCAUUCGCAGAUUUCAAAAUAGUUUGAAGAUUGUGACAUGCACUUUAUAUUUUUUGGUUUUUGAAUUCUGGAGAUCGCCGUUGCAGGAGGGGAGACAAUGUCAUUAAAUUGAGGCAAUUUUUCUUUUUAAGUUAAAACAACGUUUACGCUGUUGAUUGUGACAAUGCACGCAAAUUCUACGGCCUUGUUUGGUUUGGAAGAAUAAAAUUGUUGAUGCAGAUCAUGAUUGUGGCAGAAAGUUUUGGUGGCCUUCUGAGUUCUGCACAAAACCAACAACGGUUGCUUUAUUGAAUAGUCGGAACCGUUACGCGUUAGUCCAAUAGCGAGGAAAAAAGUUUGAGGAGCCGAAGGAAAGAGGCAACGACUGGUGGUCUUUAUCAGGACUCGUUGAUUUCUUGAUAUAUAGUCUCUAUUUCAGUCUUGCUUGGAGGUGGGUUUUGGAAGAAGAGCAGGAAUAUUGAGUGAUGGGAGCAGCUGGUGGAGACGAGCUAAUGCAAGGGCCGAGUGGCCGUGAGGAGAAUAUAUUUGUUUCAGUUCGGCUGAGGCCAUUGAAUGAGAAGGAGAUUGUGAGGAAUGAUGUCUCGGAGUGGGAAUGCAUCAAUGACGACACUGUCAUAUACAGGAAUAACCUUACAGUUUCUGAGCGGUCCAUGUACCCAACUGCCUAUACAUUUGACAGAGUAUUUAGGAGUGAUUGCUCCACAAGGCAGGUAUACGAAGAAGGAGCCAAGGAAGUUGCACUUCUAGUCGUCAGUGGUAUAAAUGCAAGUAUUUUUGCAUAUGGACAAACAAGCAGUGGAAAGACAUAUACCAUGAGUGGAAUUACCGACUACACUGUAGCAGAUAUUUACGACUACAUGGAGAAGCAUAAUGAAAGAGACUUUCUUUUGAAGUUCUCUGCCAUGGAGAUUUACAAUGAAUCUGUCAGGGACCUCCUAAGUGCAGACAAUACCCCGUUAAGACUUCUUGAUGAUCCAGAGAGAGGGACUAUUGUAGAGAAACUCACAGAGGCAACUCUGAAGGACUGGAACCAUUUUAAAGAACUUUUAUCGGUCUGUGAAACUCAAAGACAAAUUGGGGAGACAUUCCUGAAUGAAGCAAGUUCCAGAUCUCAUCAGAUUCUUAGACUGACAAUUGAAAGUUCAGCACGUGAGUUUCUUAGAAAUGACAAGUCAAGCUCCCUUUCAGCUACCGUGAACUUUGUUGACCUUGCAGGAAGUGAGCGUGCAUCUCAGUCGUUAUCAGCUGGUGCAAGGUUGAAAGAAGGUUGUCACAUAAAUCGCAGCUUGUUAACUCUGGGAACUGUUAUCCGUAAGCUCAGCAAGGGAAGAAAUGGACAUGUACCUUUUAGAGAUUCAAAGCUGACCCGCAUACUGCAGUCCUCUUUAGGAGGGAAUGCUAGAACUGCCAUCAUCUGCACCAUGAGUCCAGCACGAAGUCAUGUUGAGCAAUCAAGGAACACUCUUUUGUUUGCAAGUUGUGCUAAAGAAGUGUCGACCAACGCUAAAGUCAAUGUAGUCGUGUCUGAUAAAGUAUUGGUAAAGAAUUUGCAGAGAGAACUGGCUCGAUUGGAGGGUGAAUUGAGAAGUUCAGGACUAAGUUCUGUUACAUCUAAUUCAACUGCCUUACUUAGGGAAAAGGACCUUCAGAUUGAAAAGAUGAUGAAAGAGAUAAAGGAGCUGACUCUGCAACGAGACCUUGCUCACUCUCAGGUCAAUGAUCUCCUACAACUGGUUGGUGAUGAUAAACCUGCAUUGGUACAGGCAGGUCAAGAUCAUCAUUACCCCAAAUUGCGAGUGCGAACUUCAUUGUUCUUUGAAAAUCAAAUGUCUGAGACACCCGUUUUGGCAGAUCCUCACUGCCUUGAUGUUGGUGUCAGAUCUUGUGAUGCAUCUCAAUAUUCAGGCAGACACAGUAGGAGUAGUUCUGAUGAUAACUUAUUCCAACUUCCUGACUUCGAACAGAACUUUUCAUCGAACCAUUCCUCCCCACACUUGUCAGUUACUGUUCCAAAAUUUGUUGGACCUUAUUGUUAUCAAGAGGAGACUGAAGAACAGACUGAUGAAAAAUCAGAGGAUAUUUGUAAAGAGGUCCAAUGCAUUGAGAUGGAAGAGCCAAUAACGAACAGAUUUUUAGAGUUAAAUAUUCCAGAUUCAAGCCCAGAAAGAUAUGUAAAUUCAAAAAUGUCAGACUCAAGCCCAAACAGAUACGUAAACAAAAAAAUGUUUGAUUCAAGCCUCAACAAAUACAUAAACUCAAGUAUGUCAUCUUCUGUAGCAAGCACAGCUACCACCAGAGUAAUGGCAGUUGAGAAUGGAGAUAAAGCAAAUCAAGAGUUGGGUUCGCACCUGUCGAAGGAAGAUAAAUAUUUGAAUACCUUUGUUCCAGGUUUUGUAGUUCCAUCUGCCGAAAGUCCAUCUCCAUGGUCAAUAGAAAAUUAUAUGCCUAGCUCUAGAUGCUUGAGAUUAACUCGAACUAGAAGUUGUAAAGCAAGUCUUAUGACUAGUAUGACUUCGCCGUGGUUUGAGAAGGUAGAAAAGCAUGAGAGCACUCCAAUUGGGUUUGAGAAAGACCUUACUGGAAGACCUGUGGCUCUUCAGAGAAAACUUUCUACCUUGAAAUAUGAUGCUUUCAUUGACAGUUUAUCAAGAAGUAAUUCUCAGACUUCAGCAGGGAUUGUUGCUAUUGAUAAGCUUAAAGUGCUGGAUGCCAAAAGUCCAGUUGAUGAAGAUAGUACCAGCAGAUGUACUUCGACUGCAGGGAUAAAUGAAAUGGUUGGUCUUCAGUGUGAGAAUCAAUAUUCUGAUCAUGUGAUACUGGAGAUAGAACCAAAGCCCAUAGCUUCCGCAAAGAGUGUUAAAGAGGUUGGGUUGGACCCAACGCAAGUUGAUACAGGAAGUCCUUCCAGAUGGCCUUCAGAAUUCAAAAGGCUUCAAAGAGAAAUCAUAGAACUUUGGCAUGCUUGCAAUACUUCAUUGGUUCACAGGACCUACUUCUUCCUGCUAUUCAAUGGUGACCCAACAGAUUCUAUUUACAUGAAAGUGGAGCUCAGGAGGCUUUCCUUCAUUCAUCAAAUUUUUUCCCAAGGUUCUCAAACUGUCGAAGAUGGUCAAAUUCUGACACCCACUUCAAGCAUUAAGGCUCUACGACGUGAGAGGCAGAUGCUGAGCAGGCAAAUGCAGAAGAUGCUUUCAAAACAAGAUAGACAGAACCUAUACCUUAAGUGGGGUAUUGGACUGAAUACAAAGCUCCGGACGUUGCAGUUGGUGCACUGCUUGUGGACCGACACCAGAAACAUGGACCACAUCACAGAGAGUGCUGGUCUUGUUGCAAAGCUGGUUGGUUCUGUUGAGCCAGGGAAGGCUUUCAAGGAGAUGUUUGGGCUCAGCUUCACACCCCGAUACUCAAGCCAUAGAUCUUUUCGCUGGAAAUCCAAUAUGAAGUAUCUCCCGUAAGCUUGUUUCUGGAUCCUCAAACAGAAAACCCAUCAGAUAUUUAGUGACUCCUAGAGCUCCCUUCUUUUUUAUAUAUUAUAUAGCUCAGUAUGAUUUUGUCACGAAUUUAAUAGUAAAAGAAAAAAAUAUCUCAUCAGGAAUCUUAAUUAUAUCUUCUGAUUCUGCUUGCAGUUGAUUGUAAGAAAGCUUGUAAAUUUUCCCCGCAUAGAAAUAUACACAAUUGCAAUGCUGAUGUUUUCUCCUUUUUUGUAAAGUAGUCUUCUCUGAUGAUAAAUAAUCAGAGCUGGAAACAGGAGUGUUGUAUACGGUUUCAUACCAAUCAUACCAAUAACAUUAAUGUUUCUUGAUCU